UCGACUAAAUAAUGAGACGGCAAGUACUGUUGUUCUUUUCGGUUCUCUCCCUCACGUCGGUGCUCGGGCAGGUUAGCUACUCCAUUCCUGAGGAAAUGGAAAAAGGUUCCUUGGUCUGUAAUAUAGCUCAGGAUCUCGGUUUAGAUGUUAAAAGGCUUAAAUCGGGUCGAGCUCGUAUUCAUUCGGGAGACAGCGCAGAAUUUAUCGAGCUGAAUAAAGAAAGAGGAGUCCUCCUCAUCACAGAGAGAAUAGACAGAGAGACCUUGUGUGGAGAAAUGACGCCAUGUGCUUUACAUUUACAGAUGAUUUUGGAAAAUCCGAUGGAAUUGUUUCGCAUAACGAUAGAAAUCACAGACAUAAACGACAAUACCCCCACGUUUGCAUCGAGCGAGAAACGUUUUGAAAUUAGCGAGUCGGCUGUUAUUGGUUCUAAAUUUGUGCUAGAGAAAGCCAUCGAUGCUGACAUCGGUACAAAUGAUCUUCAGAGCUAUUCGCUUACUCCAACAAAUAACUUUGCAUUGAAACUAGAGAAUCAAGCAGACGGAGGUAAAAAGGUAGAAAUGGUUCUGCAGAAGCCUCUAGAUCGAGAGCAGCAGGAUCAGAUAUCGCUUUUAUUAACUGCUGUUGAUGGCGGACAGCCGCGUAUGUCUGGUACAAUGCAGAUAAUUGUAAACGUGUUAGAUGCAAACGACAAUUCACCGGUUUUCACUAAGUCAGUAUACAAGGCAUCAAUAACGGAAAAUUCUCCAAGAGGAACCAGUGUUAUAACUGUUAGUGCAUCUGACAAAGAUGGAGGCUCUAAUGGAGAAAUAUCAUACGCAAUUUUAAAUAGCAUGCGUCGAUUAUCCGACCUAUUUCAGAUCAACAGGAAAACAGGAGAGGUUAUUUUGAUCGGUGAAAUAGAUUAUGAAAAAUCAAAGAUCUUUCAAAUUGAUAUUGAAGCUAUAGAUAAUGGAGGACUCUCUGAUUCAAGUAAGAUCCUAAUUGAUGUCACUGAUGUGAAUGACAACAGUCCUCAGAUAAAAGCUCUCUCUAAAUCAGACACUAUUUUAGAAGACUCUCCAGAGAACACCGUCAUCGCUAUGCUGAGCAUAAAUGACCCUGACUCCGACAGGAAUGGAGAAGUGAAGUGUAACAUUAAUGAUGAUAUUCCUUUUAAAAUUCAAAAUACAAUGAAUGGAUUUUAUAGUUUAGUUACAGAGGUAGCCUUGGACAGGGAGGUCGCUUUUCAGUAUAACAUCACAGUGACGUGUUCUGAUGAGGGAGUGCCCUCUCUCUCCAGCAGCGUCACUCUCACCUUACAGAUCUCUGAUGUGAAUGACAACGCGCCUGUCUUUGAGAGGAGCUCAUAUGAGGCUUACAUUGUAGAAAACAACACACCAGGCCUCUCUAUAUUCACAGUGAAAGCCAGAGACGAUGAUUGGAACCAGAAUGCCCGUGUUUCUUACAUCCUGGAGGACUCCUCUUUUAACGGAGUGCCAGUCUCCUCAUAUGUUUCAGUCAGUGCUGAUAGUGGAGUCAUCCAUGCAGUGCGCUCUUUUGACUACGAGCAGAUCAAAGACUUUCAGUUCCGCGUCAAAGCGCAGGAUGGAGGCUCCCCUCCACUCACUAGCAACGUGACAGUUAAAAUCGUGAUCCAGGACCAGAACGACAACCCCCCUCAGGUCCUGUACCCAGUCCAGACUGGUGGGUCAGUGGUGGCUGAGAUGGUGCCUCGUGCAGCAGAUGUGGGCUACCUGGUGACUAAAGUGGUGGCUGUUGAUGUGGACUCUGGACAGAAUGCCUGGCUCUCGUAUAAACUGCAGAAAGCCACAGACAGGGCGCUGUUUGAAGUGGGCUUACAGAAUGGAGAAAUCAGAACUAUCCGCCAAGUGAAUGAUAAAGAUGCUGUGAAACAAAGACUGACUGUUAUAGUGGAGGACAACGGGCAGCCGUCUCGUUCAGCUGCAGUCAUUGUUAACGUGGCGGUGGCGGACAGCUUCCCUGAAGUGUUGUCUGAGUUCACUGACUUUACACACGACAAGGAGUACAAUGACAACCUGACUUUUUACUUAGUGCUGGCUUUGGCUGUAGUGUCCUUCCUCUUCAUCACGUGUGUAGUGGUUAUUAUAUCAGUGAAAAUCUACAGAUGGAGACAGUCUCGCACCAUGUUUCACUCCAACCUCCCUGUGAUUCCAUAUUAUCCACCACGUUACUCAGACACUUUGGGCACAGGGACUCUCCAGCACGUGUACAAUUACGAGGUGUGCAGGACGACUGACUCCAGAAAGAGUGACUGUAAGUUCGGCAGAGCUGGUAGUCAGAACGUGUUGAUAAUGGACCCCAGUUCUACAGGGACCAUGCAGCGGAUACAGAGUGAGAAGAGCAUCCUGGAUGAACCAGACUCUCCUCUAGAGGUGGGUCAUGGGGUUAACGUCAUCUUUUAGUUUUGGCAAAAUGUA